GGUGAUGGUUUAUAGUAUUUACUGAUUGUAUCUCGAUCAUUAUAUGGCAGGUAUGCCUAUUGGCAAGCGAUUCAAACGGGGCCUCAGCUCAAUCAAAACAAACUUUAAGAAUCGCUGUGAGCUUCUGCAAGAGCCUGUUCAGUCCGAAUCGAGUGUCGGUACAGCGAGUUCUGUAGCGGUAUCUGGUAGGAAGAGUGGUGAAUCUGUAAUUCAGAAUGACAAGAAAGUGGCUGGCGAGCAAAUACAGGAGCUUACGCACGAUGGUUCAGUUUGCUUGACAAUAGAGUCCUCAACAACCACCGCGAAUGAUCUGCAGCUCUCAAAUGAGGAUGACCUUUGGUUUCAAGCUUCAGAGAAGCUCAAGGCUGAUGAUCCGGAACUGUAUGAACAGUACUCACUCAUUAUAUGCAGCGAAGCAGACAAGAGCGAUGAAUACCACUCUAACGAGUCUGAAAAACCCUUAGCAAAUGCAGCGACGCUUCUCAAAGUGUGCCAAAAUAGCCUCGAAACCAUGAAUGUUCCAAGUGGCAGAGCGGAUAAAGUUUUCGAGAAGACGGUUGAGAUUGUCGGCCUAGCUAAAGAUUUCGUGGGGUCUGUUGUUAGUGCCGAACCUCAUGGAGCAUUAGCUUGGGCAGGUGUCUGUCUUUUCCUGCCGCUACUCCUCAAUCCUUCCCAACAAGAUGAAGCUUGUCGCGAAGGUCUUGAGGAACUACCCUUCCUUAUCCACAAGUAUAGUCUAGUGGAAAGUAUUCGUGCAACUGAAAGUUCAGAUUCAACAAUUGCCACCGCGGCUCAUAUGUUGUUCAGUGGGAUCAUCGAAUUAUAUACCAAAAUACUUAAUUUUCAGGCUGAGGUUGUAUGCCAAUUAAAUCGAUCAACGAUUAAAGGCUAUUUGCGGCAAGUUUUUCAAACCGAUAAAUGGAAAAAUAUGCACCGCGAUAUCUUACGCAUAGAAGGCCAAUGCUGGGGUAUAGCCCAGGCGAUUGAUAGUGACCAAUGUCGCAAAUUAUCGAAAGAAUUAUUUGGUAAAAUGGCACAGCUAUGCGACGUUGGUAAUGGGCUUCUCGAAGUAACAAGAGAGACUCAUCAAGCCGUCAACAAACUUGGACAAGAGUUCGGGCAGCACGAAAGGAGCAAAGAUGAGACCGAGUGCCUGCAAAUUUUUCGUUUGAAUAAUCUUUACGAAAUCCAGCAAAAGCGUAAUCCAGAUCGAGUCCCAGGCACUUGCGAAUGGCUUUUAGAAUCGCAGGCAUUUACUGAUUGGAGGGACAAGAAGAGUAUGGGUCUACUUUGGAUUUCAGCCGAUCCAGGCUGUGGAAAGUCCGUCUUGUCGAAAGCAUUUUACAAAGAAAAGCUGGUUAGCUUUUCUUCCGCUACAGUCAUAUGCUACUUCUUCUUCAAGGAUUCGUCGCCUGAACAAUGCAGCAUUACGAAAGCAGUCGCGGCUCUGCUUCAUCAGAUAUUCUUAUCUAACGGUAAUCUCCUCAAACAUGCUAUGACUACGUGGAACAAAAAUCGAAGCGAGCUUUGUAACCUGCAUGAUGAAAUGUGGGAUAUCCUGGAAUCUAUCGCUAUUGACCAGGCUGCUGGAGAUAUCGUGUGUAUAGUUGACGCAUUGGAUGAAUGUGAGUCUGAAAAUAACUCCAGAAAAUCUUUUAUAAAGAGGAUGCAUAGGCUUUUAUUCAGCCCAAAAUGCCAUAUGCGUUUUGUCGUCACCAGUCGUCCUUAUGCUCAAAUCGAAGGAAUAUUCACAGGAUUACAUCACGAUUUUCCCGUGAUUCGCAUUGCCGGGGAAAUGGAAUCUAAGAUUAUCUCACGGGAGAUCAACCUAGUUAUCAAUCAUGAGGUUGAACAGCUGGACUUGGAUGACGAUGUCAAAAGUCACAUCAUAACUCGUCUACGAGGAAUGGAACAUAGAACUUACCUUUGGUUACAUCUUAUCAUGGACGUUAUUCGAAAAAGAAUCGAGAGUAGUGGGGAGUCUAGGAAGAUAGAUAAAAGCUUGCAAUCACUGCCUAAGACUGUGGAGAAAAUAUACGAAGAAAUUCUGGACAAGAGUCCUUAUCGAUCAGAGACCGAAAAAUUACUUCAUAUAAUUGUUGGUGCAGAGCGUCCCUUAAGCACGGAUGAAAUAAACGUAGCUAUGAACAUUAAGAUAUGUUACGAUGGUACCCAGAGUUUUGACGACAUACACUUAGAAAAGAGUCAUCGCUAUCCAAGAAUGCUUCGCAAUCUCUGUGGUCUAUUCAUACAAUUUGUGGACUCGAAAGUGUACCUCAUACACCAGACAGCAAAAGAAUUUCUCGUCGCAACUGAAUCUGGACUUAAGUCUCCUGGUAAAUGGAGAUAUUGUCUUGAGCCGCAAGAAUCACAUAAAAUCUUAGCUCAGAUUUGUAUCUCUUAUUUAUAUCUGAGUGAUUUUAGUGCUUCGAGUAAUUCUGAUCUCCCGAAACGCGAACAUGGCUCUAGCUCUGCGAAGAAUGCACCUUAUGAUCUGAUUAAUUAUUGGGGAAAAAAUUGGCUGUCUCACUAUAGACGUGUCCCUAGCGCUGUUGACCCCGUUGUUAUCGUCGAUCUAUGCUCCGUAUCCAUUCGACGAACGAUCUGGAUUCGUGUUAUGGACUGGAAGCCCCCGUAUCACUGGGAGGCCACUCAAUUUAUUUGCCCCCACGAAUUGAAAAUAAAUCUAGAACAACAUGUAACGCCUUUAAUGAUAGCUUGAUGCUUUAAUCUUCAUGAAGCUGGCAAGUAUAUUACUUCACCUUUGUACCCAAAGGAGAUAUAUUUGAAUUGCCGCAGCCGCUUAGGAACAGCUUUAUCCUUUGCAGUAGAAACUAAAUCUAUUGAAAUGAUAAAAUUACUCCUCCAGAAGGGCGCCGAUGCAAAUGAUACAAAUAUAUUGCGGGAUCUGUAUUGGUGUCUGUCUUUACCGCUUACCUCUGCAGUGAUAGCAGGUGACCUCCCGAUCGUCCGACUUUUGUUAGAAAAUCAGGCGGUGGACGAAACGGGUAUGGAUAUUGCGUCUAGCGCAUUAGAAACGGCAGUCUGGGAUCGGAAGACUGAAAUAGUCAGAUUACUCCUUGAAUCAGCGGUGAGACCUAUGGUGGAAGGAUACCUGGAAUCAGCUUUAAAAGUUGCUGUGCAGUUCCGUCUCGCUAAGCUCGUGGAAAUUUUGCUGGAAUUUGGAGCUAGUCCAUCCUACAAAUUUACCAUAUUGUUCAGAGAGCCCAGAUCUUGUAUAUCUUACGUUCUAGAAUCUCUUGACGAGAGAUUCUGCUCAGAUUCUUGCGAACCUGAGCUUGUCUUGAAAUUGCUUCUUUCGAAGACGGAGCCGCUGCCUCGUAAGACUAGGAACGAUCUGCUAGUCGAAUACGUCAGUAUUAAGUCAGAUGCAGUCGAUCUAGUUCGGCUGCUGCUCAACCACCAAUGCCUUCCCGAGCCCGAAGCUCAUGAAGAAGACUCGCCAAUAGUGUUCGCAGCGCUACAUGCGAAUAUUAAAUCCAUGGAGCUUUUAAUGAAUGAGACGCAUGAUGUUGAUAGUUGCCGAGGAAGUAUCCCUUGGACUAACCAAUUUUCUUUGCCGAAAGGAACAUUUGGGGGUUACAUUUGGUCCGAAGAGAGGCCGAUGUAUAAAAGCUGGUUUACCAGAGACAUAGAAAUCACUACGUUGUUUAGAGGUAUCAUUUCUAAAAAUAAGCGUGUGGUUGAAAGUUUGAUUAACCACGGCGCCGACGUCAACACGAUUAUAGAGCUUGGAACACCUUUGUUCAUUGCUACCACGCUAUCUAGCAAAUCUGUGGUUCAACUGCUGCUUAAACAUGGUGCAAAAAUCACGCCGUCCAAAUUUGGGGAGAGAGAGCAGUCAUCACCUUUGGUUAUUGCAGCUGCUCGGGGAAACAUCGAAAUCGUGGAAUUAUUGCUUGAAUAUGGCGCUGAUGUUGAGCAGGGAACAGCAACUAUUGUUCAUUCGAUGCUGGCUCAUAAGUAUGGUAUUGAAGGAAGAUUUUAUCCUUCUGCUAUCGAGGCUGCGGAGAUGGGAGGUCAUAAGGAGGUAGUGGCGCUUUUGCGGGAGUAUAGGUCUGGGCAGGCCGUGACAGUAGUGGAGGAAGCUGAAGUCACUAUGAUGCCGAAUAGAGUUGAAGACGUGGAAGAUUAG